CCACGAAUGUAAGGGCACAAUGCUGUAUGAACUCAUUGCUGUUGUCCGCCCAGGAAACCUCUUAGAGGUUAAGGAAAUUGCUCGUACGGCCGGAGCGCUCAUCCUAAGAAACGGUGGCACGAUAAGAGGGAUCAAGAACUGGGGGGUAUGGAGUCUGCCAAAGAAAACCCGGAAGCAUCAAGCACAAUACACGGACGGCCAUUACUGGAUUAUGCGAUAUGACGCUUCUGUAUCAUGCUCGAAAGAGGUCAGGAUGACUCUAGGCUUGGACCCUCGAAUGAUCAAGUUCAGCACAGUGAAGCUGGGGGAUGGUACACUGUCGAGUUUGAGUAAAUUAGGAGGCGACAUAAUAUGGAGAGAAGGCCGGGCUCAUUGAGAUGAAUGCUAGAUGGGAGGUCAUAUGUAUACUAGGGCAUUGCAUGGCGCCAUGGGGCUUGAUAUGUGAGGAGUGUGUAGACAUGGUCUGAACUCACUACUUGUAGAAUAUGGCGCAAAUCUGUAUUGUUCCGUUGUCAUAAGAUCAUGAUAUUCUCGUGCCGAAUGCAAAUCUAG